AUGUCUUUUGCGGACUCUGUAUCAAAGCUCAACGGCUCUGUAAAGGAUCUGGUCCUCUCUACUACAAACAAUGAUGCCUCUCUUCUUGGACAAACGGAUGUCGAUAAGAUCGAAGUCACAGGAUGGAUUGAAAAGGUCGGACAGGGUGACUUGGUGAAGGAAGAAAAUUUCAAAAAUCUCGAUACCGAACUGGUGCCUCGCACAUACAUUGUGAAGAAUUACUUGACCGCUGCCGAUGUUGCACUGUACGGUGCCCUACACCCUACCUUUGCAAAAUUGCAACCAUCACAAUACUACUCACAUCCCGCUUUGACGCGCUACUUCGACCACAUCCAGUCAAGUUCUCCCGUCCGAAACGCUGCAGAUCCCCUUUCUAUCUUUCCCCUUGUCGCAUUUGAUUUCACAAAUGCGCCUAAAAUCGACCGGAAUGCUGAGCCACCCAAGAAGGCACCCGGUGCACCCUACCAGAAUCCUUUACAGCCAGCCGGGAGGCCGCCCAAGUCUCAGCAGAAAAAGGAGAAGAAAGAGAAGAAUAAAGAUACCGCUCCUCAAGAUUCCGAAAAGAAAAAGGCUGCUGGAAAAGCCCCUGCUGCAGAGGAAGGAGAGCCCGUCCCCUCCAUGAUCGACCUUCGCGUUGGGCACAUCAUUGACGUCAAGAAACAUCCGGACGCCGAUGGUUUGUACAUCGAACAAAUUGACAUCGGCGAGGAAACAGGUCCUCGAACUGUUGUUUCCGGUCUUGUAAACUAUAUUCCUAUCGAAGAGAUGCAAGACAAAUACCUCGUUGCUGUUUGUAAUCUGAAGCCAGCCAACAUGCGUGGUGUCAAGAGUUUCGCGAUGGUUCUUGCUGCGACCCACAAGGAUGGCAAAGACGGUGGUGUUGAGUUAAUCCAGCCUCCUGCUAACUCGAAGCCUGGUGAUCGAGUGUACUUCGAAGGCGAAGAGUUUGAGAAUGCGACAGCUCUUUCUCAAUUGAACCCAAAGAAGAAGAUUUUUGAGACUAUCCAGCCGGGAUUUAUCACGUUGGAAACCAGGGAGGCGGCAUGGGUGAACCCCGACACGAAGAAGAUCCACCGAAUUAGAACUAAAGAGGGGGUGUGUGUCGCCCCAACCUUUGUAGGCGCUUCGUUGUCGUAG